GCGAAAAUUACAGCUGGUGCUGCUGCUGCGGCUGCUGCUCACGAAAACGAUGGCACGGAGCACGACGUUGCUCCAGAAGCAUCCGAUUCUAAGCCCUUCUCGAAAUUUGUCCCAGGUGCGGCAUCCUCUUCGGCGUCUGGAUCGGACGCCGCGGCUGCGGCCGCUUCUGCGUCCCCUGUGGCUGCGGCCGCUUCGGCAUCUGGC